AGAGGAAAACAAUCAGGCCACCAGGAGGAAGGCCCCCGUGUGGCUUGUUGCCAGGAUGCCACAGCCCGGGUAUAAAGGCUGCCUGGGGAAGGAGCCUCCAGACCAGCCCCGUCCUCCACCCUGACUCCACUCCAGCCCCACGCCACCAUGUGCCAGUCCAGCUGCUCCACGGGCUGCCAGCCGGCCUGCUGCGUGCCCAGCUCCUGCCAGACGUCCUGCUAUGUGCUCAGCCCCUGCCAGACGUCCUGCUGCAUGUCCAGCCCCUGCCAGACGUCCUGCUGUGUUCCCAGCUCCUGCCAGAAGUCCUGCUGCGUGCCCGUGAGCUGCAAGCCAGCCGUGUGUGUGCCCAUGAGCUGCAAGCCAGCCGUGUGUGUGCCCAUGAGCUGCAAACCAGCCGUGUGCCUGCCUGUGAGCUGCAAGCCCAUUGUGUAUGUGGCUCCCUCCUGCCAGUCCUCUGGGGGCUGCCAGCCCUCCUGCUCCACCCUGCUCUGCAGACCUGUCCCCUGCGGCACCCCUACCUGCUGCUGA